UUUUAUCAAACUUACAUUCAGAGAAUGCAAAGACGUAAAGCCACAGUUCAUAAAAUUAGUGGAUACAAAAUAUUUGAGAAAGAAGUUAUUGUUCGACCUGGGUAUCUAAAUAAUAGUGUGACCGAAAAGUGA